AUGUUCCCCCGCUACGGCGCCCUCGGGGCAACCUUCCAACUCGCCCGGCUCUUCCAAGCGUGCUCCCUCAUCGCCAUAAUCGGCAUGACAGCCAAAUUCAUCAGCGUAAUAGUUUCCAGCAAUGCCACCCCCCCAAACAUCCUAAUCGGCACAAUCAGCGUGACGUGCAUUGCUGUAAUCUACUGCAUCAUCACAACAAUCCUAUACAUGGAUGAUAUCCUACCCUUCCUGAUCUGCGCAGUGCUCGACACAUUACUGCUCAUCGCAUUGAUUGUGGUGGCUGUCAUUGUCGGCAAACCGCUAUCGUAUUUGAAGUGUAACACGCUGGCAGAGUUGGCGGAUAAAGAUGCAACGGUCUAUGCCUUUGCGUCGCGGUUGUCGAGCUACAUUGCCAAUAUCAGCGGGAGGAUUGAUUAUGUCUCGUGGAUCGGGGCUUCAAAGGCGAUUUGUUUGGAGACGAAGGCGAUCUGGGGAUUGAGUAUUGCGUUGUGUAUUCUUUUCUUCUUUUCUGUUAUCUGCACUGUUUGUCUGUGGCAGCAGAAGAAGAAGGCUCUUGCGGCGAAGAGCGUGGAGUAG